AUGUCGCGGACUGGGAUGGCACCUGCCGCCGCCCCACGGCCCCGCCAUCACCCUCCGACCCCGACCCCCCCCCCCGGGAUCCUUACCCACCCCAAGCCCCCGGCAGGAUGCGGGGGGCCCCCCGCCCCCUGUGCCUGCUGCUCCUGGGCACGGCUGCUCUGGCCGCGCUCCUGCUGCUCCGCACCCCCAAGGGCCCCCCCAGCGCCGGCCCCCCCCGCCUGCCGCCCCCCCCGCUGCCCCCCCCCCGCCCGCUCCUAUCCCCACGUGCCCUUCCGCCUCAAGGAGGAGGUGAUGGAGUUGCUGCCCCGGAACGGCUGCUCGUGCCAGGCCGAAGGGGGGGGGCUGGCGCUGCCCCUCCCCCUCCCCCGGCAGCUCUUCGGCCUCGGCCCCCCCGUGGAUUUCGCCAGCGCUUUCGGGCCGGGGGAGCGGGGGCGGCUGCAACGGGAGCGGGAGCGGGAGUACGAGAGUUACCGGCGGCGGGUGCUGACUCCCGCUGAUCGCCUGCUCAUCGUUCCGGCCAAUUCCCCCCUCGAGUACCCGGCCCAGGGGGUGGAGGUUCGGCCUCUGCAAACGAUCCUGGUGCCCGGGCUCAGCCUGCAGGCGGGGGGCAGGGACCGGUACCAGGUGAACCUGACGGCCACCCUGGGGACCCUGGCGGUGGCAGCCGAGGUGGAGGGGGUGUCACGGCAGGGGGAGGGGCAGCCCCGCCUCUCCUUGUCCUCCCCCCACCUGGACCACCUGAACCGGCAGCUCCAGUUUGUCACCUACACCAACACCCGCUUCCACCCCGACACCGCCGACAUCCUGCGGUUUUGCACCCCCGGGCACGAGGCCACCUUCACCAUCCGCAUCCGUCACCCGCCCCCCCCCCGCCUCUACGGCCCCGACCCCCCCCGGGGACAGUUCCGGUACAAUGUCACGGCGCUGGUGACAAUCGCCACCAAGACCUUCCUGCGCUAUGACAAGCUGCGGGCUCUGAUCUCCAGCGUGCGGCGCUUCUACCCCAGCGUCACCAUCGUGGUGGCCGAUGACAGCCCCCAGCCCGAGCCCCUGCAGGGCCCCCACAUCGAGCACUACCUCAUGCCCUUCGGCAAGGGCUGGUUCGCCGGGAGGAACCUGGCGGUGUCGCAGGUUGUCACCAAGUACGUGCUGUGGGUGGACGAUGAUUUCAUCUUCACCCCCCGAACCCGCCUGGAGCGGCUGGUGGAGGUGCUGGAGAAAACCAGCCUGGACCUGGUGGGCGGGGCGGUGCGGGAGAUCACGGGCUACACCACCACGUACCGGCAGCGGCUGAACGUGCGGGGCGGGGGCGCGGGGGGGGACUGCCUGCGGACCCGGCCCGGUUUCCAUCACCGCCUCCCGGGCUUCCCCGCCUGUGUCGUCACCGACGGCGUCGUCAACUUUUUCCUGGCCCGAACCGACAAGGUCCGGCAGGUCGGGUUCGACCCCCGGCUGCGCAGGGUCGCCCACCUCGAGUUCUUCAUCGACGGUCUGGGUGUGCUGCACGUGGGGUCAUGCGAGGACGUGGUUGUGGAUCACGCCUCGAAGCUGUCGCUGCCCUGGGGGCGGGGGGAGGGGGAGCGGCAGUACGCCCGGUACCGGUACCCGCCCCCCCGCGACCCCAGCGUGCGCCUCAAGCAGCGACUCUUCUUCUUCAAGAACCGCCUCAAGUGCAUGAGCGGCAGCUAGACCGGGGCCACGGGAGCCACCGGGGGCACCUCCCCCGCUCCCCCGGGCUGCCCACGAGGGCCACUGCCAAGGGACACCCCCCAGGGACACCGCCCCCCCCCGGUCACUUCCAUGGGCACCCUGAGGGCGACCCCCCAGGGCCACCCCCGAGGGCCGCCAUCAUGGGCCAGCACUGGGGGGCAAACCCAGGGUCGCCCCUCAGGGUCCCGGGCAGUGACCCCCCAGGGCCACCCCCCCGCCCAAAGGGCCUCCCGAGGACCCUGGAGCGCCCCCCUCCUCCGUCCCCCCCGCGGUGUUUUUAGCUCUUUUGUACUUUGGGGGGUGGUGGUGGCGAGGGGGGGAACACGACAACCCGGGGGGACCCCCCACGGUACUGAGGUGUCCGGGUGACCCCCCCGCCUUUUUUGCCCCCCCCCCCCCAUCACUUUUCUAUGAUUCAGCCCCUCCCCCCGCGCUGCCGCCAGGAUUUUUGUGCCAAGUCUCGGCCCCUCCCCCUCCCGGGACCCCCAGGGCCGGGAUGGGGGGCGGGGCUCCCCCCCCGCCCUUUUCUACCCAAUGAACCGUGAGAUUUUAAUCAGA